AUGACCCAGGAUGCAUCCAAUAGCGUCGAGGAACGUCAGAAGCAGGUGCUGAUGAUCCAAGGGCUCUUCAAGUCCAUGAAAGACCAAGACAUCAUGGGUCUCCUCAAGGAGUGUUUUGCGCCAGAUCUCUUCGAAAGCUCCAUCUCGGGCAUGAAACGAACCAACAAAAGGCCGAUGCUCGACAACACGGACUCGGUCUCGACGCAUGCACGAAUAGAGAUGCCCAUUUCAAGUCCUCCAUUACCUGAUCAAAGCUCCAGGCUCCGUAAUCCCGCCGGCAAUGUACCUGGUUGGGACUCUUCUUCUCCCCAGUCAUCUCAAAGCAUGGACGGGAUUUUCUCUGAUUCGCCAUCUUCUUCGCCACCAUCCUCGCCUAUUCGAGCUCCGAGCGAUUCUCAAGGAGCGAAGAGAACUCACAACGGGGAUAACAUCAAGGCUUCCUCCUCAUCGGCAGCCGCGAGAACAUCUGCGCCCCCCUCAUCUUCGCCAACUGGUUUGAUGGCAUCUCGUUAUGCCUCUCACCAGCCUGCCUCUCUUGUUGCAUUAGGUCCGGGCAUACAAGGUCGACUAAACACUCCCCACCAUACCAAAAAAUGGAAGCCCGUCAGCAAAGGCAUCAAGUCAAACGCGCGCAAAAUCAAGUCAGGCGAUUUUCACGGCCAGAUGUUCACGGAAGUCAUGAAGAAAAUCCAUGAAAGCGAGCGAGAUUACAUAUACUUUCUCAACGACAUGCAUAUGCUGCAGAAGGGACAUCCAGAGUGCGAUCCAGACGUUGUAGACGCGCUAGCCAACUGCGAAUCGAAAAAGCCUCACUUGGCCCGCGAAACAGGCCGCUUAUUCCCACCUGAAAACUUCUGGUUCUGUUUCGGCAUGUACAAGGGCUUGACAUUGGAUCAGGUGAAUAUUAAAUAUAUUCAAGAACAAUUUUACAAUAACAAGGUCAAGGACUGCCGCCCUUGGUUCGAAGAGGCUGCUAGAUUGUACUUGGCACAUUAUAAUGCCCAGCAUCGAUUCUUCGGCGAGCGUCUUCCAUUGUUGCCGCUCGAAUCCGAAAGAGUCAAAAAGUGGAGUAUGUUUAAUACCGAGGCGAAGAGAGAGGAAGACGAGGGGAUCCAGCCCGGGGCUCUGGCUAGGUCAAAGACUAAUGCACCUGGCUUCACCGAUGCAGACAUUGACCAGCUGGUGCAUGAAGCCAAUCAGCCGCACGACACAUCUUCCAACUACAAGGGAAAGGGCGUACUCAAGAGGACGCAUGAUGGCCUGCGCAGGCCUAAUCAGCGUAAGCGCUAG